AUGCNGUUGGGAGAUUUCCUCCGUUCGGGCGUUAUAAGCGUUUAUUAUUUUCGAAUAGGUUUACAAGUAGCUAACGCUCCGGCUCCAUCGCGGGUCGUCCCUUGUUUGAUACUGAGAGAAGAAGCUCUGAAAAACCCUUUUCCGCGACUAAUUCCGGAAUGCGACGCCGACGGAGAUUACAACCAACGCCAAUGUCUGUACGGCGAUAAGGAACGGUGUCAAUGUUGGAGCCGGGACGGAAGACCUCUGUCCCAUUCCUUCGCUAACGUAGUGGAUUGCGAAUGCCACAGAGAGAGAGACGACGCUUCCAGACCCGAAUCAAUAGGGAGAUUCGUACCACGAUGCAACCGAGACGGAACGUACAAAUCCAAACAAUGUUGGGAUACCUUCGGAAUAUGUUGGUGUUCGACUCCCGACGGACGUCAAAUUUCCGAUAUCGUCGAAGACUACGUCGAUUGUUCUUACGUGGGUAAUAGACAAUAAAAGAGAAAAACUUUUUCAAAAUUGUAUCGACUAAAUGUUUGCCAGCGUUUAAUUUAGA